GAGAGCGCAGUAAACCAGCUGUAGGUCGUUUUGAUCGAGACAUUGGAGAGAAGAGGGAGAUAGACUUCUGUUACGCCUGAAGAAUCAAGGAGAGCCCUCGUGCUUUGCGUGACAUUUAGAACAAGUUAGAAAAAACAUCAAAGGUUUCUAAAGGAUAGAACAGCCCUCUCAGCCCAUCCCUGUAGCCACAGGACCAUGUGCCAGUGAUGACUAGCUGUUGUAUCCCAGAGGCCCACCUUGGCAGUUAGAGGAAAGGCUCCGCCCCCAUCACCAUGACAGCAGCGUUGCCACGGAACGCUGCCCCCCUGUCUGUGCCUGGCCUGUUGCUCCUCCCCCUGCUUCUCCUGCCCCUCCCCAUCGCACUGUCCCAGAAGCCCAUGCUGCCCUCCCCAUCCGCCCCCACACCCGCCCCCCAGUACCUAUCCCGGCCGGAGUGUACCCGGAGAGAACACCCUGUGGUCACCUUCCAAGCCCUGAAUCCUUGGAUCACUAUAUUUUCCCACCCGGAUGUGAGAGACUACUCUCAACUGACCCUUGACCUGACCAGGAAUGAGUUGAUAGUGGGGGCAAGAAACUUCCUCUUCAGAUUGAGCCUCAACAAUGUGUCUCUCAUCCAGGCAACGGAAUGGGGUCCAGACGAUGACACCAGGAGGUCCUGUCAGAGCAAAGGGAAGACGGAGGUGGAGUGUCAGAACUACAUCCGCGUCCUGCUGGUCAAUAAGACUGAGGUCAUCACCUGUGGAACCAACGCCUUCCAGCCCCUCUGUAUCACCCGGGAGGUUGGGAAUAUGAGUAGUGUGUUGGAUCGCGUGAACGGCGUGGCAAGGUGCCCCUAUGACCCACGCCAUAACUCCACGGCGGUGGUGACGGAGAGCGGCGAACUAUAUGCCGCCACGGUCAUCGACUUCUCUGGUCGCGACCCUGUCAUCUACCGGAGCCUAGGGGGCAUGCCACCCCUCAGGACGGCCCAGUACAACUCCAAGUGGCUCAAUGAGCCCCAUUUCAUCUCAGCCUAUGAUGUGGGUCUCUUCACAUUCUUCUUCCUGCGUGAGAACGCUGUGGAACACGACUGUGGGAAGACCGUCUACUCCCGGGUGGCCCGCGUCUGUAAGAACGACAUCGGAGGGCGGUUCCUACUGGAAGACACCUGGACCACCUUCAUGAAGGCCAGGCUGAACUGCUCGCGCUCCGGAGAGUUCCCCUUCUACUAUAAUGAGCUGCAGAGCACCUUCUAUCUGCCUGAACAAGACCUCAUCUACGGGAUAUUCACCACCAAUGUGAACAGUAUAGCAGCGUCUGCAGUGUGUGCGUUUAACCUCAGCUCCAUCACCCAGGCCUUCAAUGGACCCUUCCGUUCCCAGGAGAACCCCCGCUCUACCUGGCUGCCCACCCCCAACCCCAUCCCCAACUUUCAGUGUGGUACCAUAGAUGACGACGGCGGUCCUAACGAUGGUCUGACGGAGCGCAGCCUCCAGGACGCCCAGCGGCUGUACCUGAUGAACGACGUGGUGCAGCCGGUCUCUGUGGACCCCUUGGUCAUGCAGGAUGACGUGCGCUUCUCCAGGCUGGUGGUGGACAUCGUACAGGGUCACGACACACUCUACCAUGUCAUGUACAUCGGCACAGAGUACGGCACCAUCCUGAAGGCUCUUGCGACCACCAAUAAGAGCCUUCAAGGGUGUUACCUGGAGGAGAUCCAGCUCUUCCCCGCUGGGGUGCAGGAGCCAAUCUUGAGCCUGCAGAUCCUUCAAAGUGAUAGGUCACUGUUUGUAGGACUCAACAACAAAGUUCUGAAGAUCCCUCUGGAGAGAUGCUCCAACUACAAGACUGAGAUGCUAUGCCUGGAGGCCCGGGACCCAUACUGUGGCUGGGACAGGAAACAGAGACGAUGCACCACCCUGGAGGAUAGCUCUAACAUGAGCCAGUGGAGUCAGAACAUCACUGUGUGUCCGCUGAGGAACCAGAUCACCAUUGGCGGCUUUGGACCCUGGGCAGCGUGGCAACAAUGCAGCAACGACGACGGCGAAGGCACCAGCACCUGUCUGUGUCGCUCCAGGGAGUGUGACAACCCUCCAGCUCGCUGUGGUGGAAGGAACUGUGAGGGGCCCACCAUCGAAGUCUCCAACUGUUCCAGAAACGGAGGCUGGACCCCCUGGUCGUCAUGGGGACAGUGCAGCACCACCUGUGGAACGGGGUUUGAGAUGCGCCAGCGCUCCUGCAACAACCCGUCGCCCCGUCACGGUGGUCGCGUGUGUGUGGGCCCCGUCAGGGACGAAAGGUUCUGUAACGAGGGUGUGUCAUGUCCCCAGCCUAUCUUCUGGUCCCCGUGGGGUUCUUGGACUAAGUGCAGUGCUGAGUGUGGAGGUGGGGUCCACUCCAGGGUCAGGAGCUGUGAGAAUGGGAACAGCUGCCCAGGCUGCGCACUGGAGUACAAGGCGUGUAACCUGGAGGCGUGUCCAGAGGUAAAGAGGAACACCCCCUGGACCCCGUGGAUGCCCAUCAACGUGACCCAGGGCGGGGCACGCCAGGAGCAGAGGAUGCGCUACAUGUGCCGCGCCCAGCUGGCAGACCCCCACGAGCUGCAGAUCGGACGACGCAAGGUAGAGACCCGCUUCUGCCCCAACGACGGCACGGUUGCCUGCGAGACCGACACUCUAGUGGAGGACCUCCUGAGGACCCCUGUGGUACGAGUGGCAGGUGCCGACUGGUCGUCAUGGGAGACGUGGUCCGCCUGCUCCCAGGACUGUGCCAAAGGGUACCGCACCCGCAAGCGCACCUGUACCACCCCAGAGGGCAAGGCUGCCCCGCCAGCCUGCAGGGGCUCACCCGUGGAGUACCAGGACUGCAACUCUCAGGCCUGCCAAGUGAGUGGAGCCUGGUCGUGUUGGUCGUCCUGGUCUCAGUGUUCAGUCCCCUGUGGUGGAGGGCACUACCAGCGUACCCGCUCCUGUAACAACCCCAGCCCUGGCAACGGAGGAGAUAUCUGUAUUGGUCUACACACUGAGGAAGCGCUGUGCAACACACACACCUGUGAUGGCGGCUGGAUGGCCUGGUCUCUGUGGUCAGUGUGUGACAAUGCAGGGCUGCAGGUACGCAGCAGGGUCUGUGGAGCUCAAGGCUCAUCCCCCUGUGUGGGAAACAACACCGAGCACAGGGACUGCAAUGAGAUCCCAGUGAUUCUCCCUGCGUCUGGCUUUGAUAAGGACCAGCAAUGCGGAGCAUUCACCUCGCUGCACCUGAUAGCCACAGGCGUGUCCUGUUUCCUGGGGGCGGGCCUUCUGUCCUUUCUGGCCUACGUGUAUAGCCAGCGCUUCCACAAGCCCUCGCAGGAAUCCGCCGUCAUACACCCCACCACGCCCAACCACCUCAACUACAAGGGCAACACUACACCAAAAAACGAGAAGUACACGCCCAUGGAGUUCAAGGUAUUGUCACAGACUCUGAACAAGAAUAACCUGCUCCCAGAUGAGAGGUCUAACUUCUACCCAACGCCCCUGCAGCAGACUAACAUGUACACCACCACCUACUACCCCACAGCGCUGGGCAAAUAUGACUACAACAGGCCUGACUCCUCCCCUUCCCCCUGCAGGACCUAUAACAACAGCUGAGACACCCCGCCCCCACCCCCAUGGCCCCCGGCACCGUCCACCCAGACUGAACUGAACUCCACCCCAAUCACAAUGGUGACAGAUGGAAUGGUGACUGAACCCAUCCAUUUUUGCUCCCCUCUCCUUUAUCCCAUGGUAUCUACCAAAUGGUGAGGGGGAUGUAAGGGUAUAUCUGGAACAUACCAUCAGCACUCUGUAGAGGUGCUGAUGCCUCCAUUAGACUCGCUAAGUAGAGCCAGGAAUUUGAUCAUAGUUUGGGUUAUAUUUUGGGGGGUGUGAGUACUGGAUAUCACAGUGUCAACGUAGUGCUUCGGUGGAGAGAUAAACGAUGAACUCUGUAAGACACUAUAAGCUACAGUAUGGAGUUGAACUACUUAUCCCUGUGGAACUUGACAACCUGAGCACCUUACUGUAGGUGUUGUGUUGCUAUCCAGAGAGGCUAGAGUUGGCCAUAGGAGAAAACUCUCUUCCCUGGUCUGUCAGGUCACCUCUAUGAUUGAGUCUCUUUUUUUAUUUUUUAUUUUUUUUUGACUCCCUUUUUCUCCCCAAUUUUCAAUCUUGUCUCAUCGCUGCAACUCCCCAACGGGCUCGGGAGAGGCAAAGGUUGAGUCAUGCAUCCUCCAAAACAUGACCAGCCUAACCGCGCUCCUUAACACCACCACUAGCUUCACCUGGAGGCCAGCCACACCAAUGUGUCAGAGGAAACACUGUUCAACUGGGGAACGGGGUCAGCCUGCGGGAACCUGGCCUUCCACAAGGAGUUGCUUGAGCGCGAUGAGCCAAGUAAAGCCCCGUCGUCCAAACCCUCCCCUAACCCGGAUGACGCUGGCCAAUUGUGCGCCAUCAUAUGGGACACCUGGGCCAACAACAAAAGCAGUUACCUAGAACAACCCUACCAGCACAUAUCAUUAUGUCUGUCCUUCAAUAUGGUGGAUGCGAAUCGGGAGGGAACAAAAAAAAGAACUAAAUUAAUUCAAGAGAUGAAGAGAUCAAUAUCAGUUCUAUUGUGUUUGGAGGUGGAUGGAUGCACUCAGGUCACCUCGCCUCAUCAAAUGACACGAGGAGGACAAGUACCUGGGACCUCAGCUCUGCUGUGGCGCCAUGUUUUUGGGUAGUACUAUGGGACCAGGGGAACAGAGGCACAUCCAGGAAUGGCAGCGUGUGAUCUGUUAUAGGAAAAGUGCCUACACUAGACCACAUAGAUACAGACAUACUCACUGCUGGAGAGAAUCUCUAUUUGCUUAUGUCUAAACAAGGCCCACACCUCAGGCUGGCUGUGUUAUGUACUGUAUCGGUAUGUUCACAAAGGCAAUGUUUCCCAGGGAAUGAUCUGAACAUGGGCUAGAGAGAUGAGGUGUCUGACUGAAAUACAGUGGGAAUCAUCCAGCUUUGGGAUGCUUUGGGUAUACAAUAGAGAGGAUCAUGUGGAGUCAAAUUUGACUUUCUAUCACUUCUUUUUUAUGAUGAUAUAAAGACUUUUGGAAGGAAUUCCCUUGGUUCUAGAAUGGAAUGGAUGUAUUCUACUGAGUACUAUACCUACCUACCGCUCAGUGGUCAUAUUAAAUAUGGCCAGUGUGCAGAACUGGACUGCAACCGAUUUUAUAUGAUAUCAUACAAUAUCAUACAAUGUGGGAUAAAAAAGAUAGUAGCGGGGCAUUUUUUUAUGAGGGAGGUUAUUUGUUUGAUGUUCAAGAGAGCAGUAGGAUAGGAGGAAAUAUUUUAUUUCACAAAUAAGGGAUAGCUGAUUCACUUGAGUUUCUCAUCGGUUUCACACCACAACAUAUAAAAAAAAUCACAGCAGCUUAGUAGCCAAUAGGUGUCUGACAAAUGAAAGGAGAAUGUUGCUUUAUUACAAUCACAUCUUUAUUUUUGAAGGCAUGUUAUAGAAGGGUCCAGACCUUUUUAGUUGUUGUUGCAAUUUCACUUGUUUUUGAGAAACAUACCCCAACCAGCGAGUCACAACCUCCUCCUCGUUGUGCAGUACGGGAGCUCUGAAAAAACAUGAACAAAUGCUCCAAAAACACUCAAAUCCUUUUAGAAACGGAAAACCUUCAGUAUAGUGAUGCAGGUCUUUAGAUAUUGUACACGUGAAAUUGGGUCAUUCCGAACUUUAUCCACAACAUUAUAUUCCAUUUUGUGCAACUCAAGCUGUUUCCCCUAUCCAGCUGUUCCAUUCUCCUAGUGGCCUGCUGCUAAAAUGGACGGAGAGGUAUCAUUUGAGUUGCAACAAAAUGGAAUAUAACGUUGCGGAUAAAGUUCGGAAUGGCACAAUUUCAUGUGUACAACAUCUAAAGACCUGCAUCACUAUACUGCGAGGGUUCUUGUUUCAAAAAAAUAUUUUUGGAGCAUUUGUUGAUGUUUUUUCAGAGCCCCGUACUGCACAACAAGGAUGAGGAAAAGUUAAUUAAAAUAAAAUAAAAAGUGAAAUUGCAAAAAUAAGUGUCUGCACCCUUGUAUAAUACUCCAAUUCAGUACAUAUAAAAUUGAGAUUUGGUUGUAAAAACACACACUAUUCUCCUUUAAGAUUUUACAAAAAUAAAAUAAUGUAGAAGCAAAUAUUCAGACUGACUGUAGCGAAUAUCAAUGUGUCCCUCUCUUUACAAUGCUAAAUCAUGCUUAAAAUGCUUUGGUAUGAGAUUAUUGGUGUGUGUGUUCGUGUGCGUGUGUUUGCAUGUGUGUGUGUGUGUGUGUGUGUGUGUGUGUGUGUGUGUGUGUGUGCGCGCGCAUGUUGGCGUGUGUGUGUGUUUGCUUGCUACGUAUGUGUAUGCCUGUGAGAGUGAAUGAGGAGAGGAACAGACAACUGUAUGUAUUUUGUACAAUGUAAAUGUAAUUCUUUCUUACAUAUGACUGUGUAUAUAAUGGGAUCUGUAAAGGGGUAUGUGCAUUUUUUCCACACAUUAUGAUGAUAGCACUCCUAAUGUUCCACUGGGUUUCCAUAUGUUCCAUGUAUAAGAUGAUAAUCAUUGUAAGUUAACGAGAGCUGCGCAGUUCUCAUAAGGAAACACUAUUUAUAGUGAAGCUUGGAUCAUAAAGGGCAUUUCAGAAACAGAACUGAGCUAUAUUUUAUUAUUAUGUCCGCUGUUAAAAUGAAUGCUAAUUUAACAGCAAUACUUUCAGUUCCACUCAUAGAAAUGGUAUGAUUCUAUUCUAUCGUUCUAAUUCUAUAGUUCCAUUAUAUGCACGAGAGCUCUAUCUGUACAUAAGAGACAGCCUUCGAUCUGCAGAGCAUUAAUGACAUCUAAAGGUUAGUAUAAUGUAAAUGUAUAUUGUUGUAUAGCUAACACUGUUUUUAAAAAAAAGCCUUAGUUGAAAAAAUAAAAUAAAAAGUGCAGCAGCUAUGUACUCACCAACCAUGGGGUUUGUAAGGGGAUAGAGUUUGUCAAUGUGACUGGUUGACUACGGCCUGAACAACUUCUCCAGCUGUUUUGUAACUUUCUAUAGAUAUACAGUUUGUCCAGAUCCUAUGUAGUAUCUUAAUCCCCGUUUAUACCUGGUGCUAACAUACAUGCCUUGUCCUGAUUGUGUCCACAUCCUGAUUGUGCCAACAUAUGCAGACAGGUAUAGAUGAUCAAAUGACACAUUAUGAUCUGAUUGUGAUUAGAUCUUACUGACCACCUCCGGAGGUAGUCAGGUACUCAUUCUGUCUGGCUAUCUCACAAGUCUCUGGACAGUGAAACCAUUUAAAUCAUAAUUAUAUUGCCUUCUAAAAGAAUUGACGUGUCUUAAAAUAAAUAAAUAAAUAUUAUUUUGAAAGAAAUCCAUCAAAUAAUUUUCAUACAGUGAGGGACCAUGAAAUCUGGUCACAGUGCAGACACGGUGGAUGAAUAAGGCUGCGUUUAGACAGACUGGCUGUCUGACUGGCUGUCUGACUGGCUGUCUGACUGGCUGUCUGUCCAAACGCAGCCUUAUUCAUCAACCGUGAUACGGAUUUAGUUUUUUUACAAAAAAUGUUCACCAGGUAUAAAUAAGGGUUUAGAGUAACAAAGACAGUCUGUCCUUUUAGAAGCACUCGUGCCAUUUUAAUACAAAAUAUCACCACAACAGUUUAAAAAACAUAAACAUUUUAAAUGAACAAGAACAAGACACAGAAAAUGGUGAGUAGUGUAUUGUAACAGUAUUACCAUAGUCCAUUGACUAGAUCAAAGUAAUUCAGCUGUUUAGAGGAUUUACAGCAACCCCUCCACCCAGUGGUUUUCCUUUUCCCCACUUGCCUGACCCACAUUUCUGGGUUUGUGAUUGGCUCCCCCUAAAUGAUGACUCCCUUUGAUUGUCUUCCUCUGGCCCUGUAGUAAUUUUUGAUUGGGCAAGCUGGAUGUCACAUUGUGAAUCUUUGUCCCCUGAUUGGCUCGGUGCCCUUCUAUGCAACUGACCUGGUGGUACUAUUAGAUAUGUGAUGUAGACUGUAAUCACUGCCUUUUAGACACUGUGAAUUUUUUGGUACUCUAUAUUUUUGUAUAUUGUACAUUAUAAAGGAUAAUAAACCUUGAUGCCAACAUGG